UAAUUCUUAAUCGGGUUCGGAAUUAUUAAAAUACAGAACACAGGAAAAUACAAACAAUUUUGUCAAAAUCACUUUGAUUGAGUUUGAGCAGGAGUUUGACCAGGUUGGAGUGUUUGCCAUUUCCUGUGUAGAAAUGGCUGGUAAAAUGGAAGUGGACAGUCCUAGUGGAAGUGUGAUGGCGUCCACAAGUUGUCCAGGCAGCGUAUCUGUGUCUCUUCAUCCACUGGUCAUCAUGAACAUAUCUGAACACUGGACUCGAGUCCGGGCUCAAGAAGGAAAACCAAUUCAAGUGUUGGGGGCUGUGAUUGGUAAACAGAAGGGAAGGAACAUUGAGGUUAUGAAUUCCUUUGAGCUGCUGUUUGAUGUGAUAGAAGGGGAGACAAUCAUAAACAUGGAGUACUACAACACGAAGGAGGAGCAGUUUAAACAGGUGUUUAGUGACAUGGAUUUCCUGGGUUGGUAUUCCACUGGGGACACACCUACUUUCUUGGACAUUAAAAUCCACAAACAGAUCUGUCAAAUAAAUGAGAGUCCUAUAUUUGUCCGUUUGAAUCCCUUGGCCAGACAGUCAGAUCUUCCAGUAACAAUUUUUGAGUCUGUGAUAGACCUGGUGAACAAUGAAGCCACUAUGUUGUUUGUUGAGCUACAGUACACACUGGCUACAGAGGAAGCUGAAAGGAUAGGAGUGGAUCAUGUGGCACGAGUAUCAACCUCAGAUACUGGGGAGGGGUCAUCAGUGGCUGAACACCUGAUAGCCCAGCACAGUUCUAUCAAAAUGUUACACAGUCGUGUGAAGAUCAUACUGGAGUACAUCAAGGCAGUACAGGCUGGAGAGGUCCCAAAGAACCACGAUAUUCUACGCGAAGCUUACAGUCUCUGUUACAGACUGCCUGUUCUCAAUACACCAAAGUUCAAAGAGGACUUCUAUAAUCAAUGUAAUGAUGUCUGUCUGAUGGCUUAUCUAGGAACCAUCACCAAGGGCUGCAACACAAUAAAUCAGUUUGUGAACAAGUUUAACGUGAUGUAUGACAGACAAGGCAUGGGGCGUAGAAUGCGGGGACUGUUUUUCUGAGAACAGGGAACCAGUCAAACAUGUGCUGAAGAACCAGUGGAGUAAAGAGCCUCGAAUUCGUAAAAAGGCUUUGAAAUCCAGUGCUGGAUUCUGUGUAUAGUGUUACAUGUACGUGGCGACUGAAUGCGAGGUCUAAGUUUGUGAGUGAGUGGACCGGUUGUUCCUUUAUUAUAAUAAAUGUAUGUGAAGCGGU